AUGUUCAUCAACGCAAGAAUCGCCCUCACCAUUCUCUUCGCCGCCUGGGUAUUCAGCACCCUUGGGGGCUUCUUCCUCCCUGCUGUAUACGCCGCCGUCACUGCCAUUGUGACUCAGCCUUCCUACAUGGACAAGGUCACUGUUUGGCAGACGCUCAUCGGCUUCUCCUUUCUCGCCGGCUGGGCUGACUCAAGCUUCGCUUGGGCAGCCAUCACGACAUGUUUCCUCGGGUGGUUUACAAUUCCAACCACCGUGAUUCUCGCCUUCCAGCAGCCAAUCCUUUCUGGAGGUGAGAUGAUGGGUCCAACACCACUCAUGCCUGGCUCUUUCCCCGCAGAGCAGGAUUCGGUAAUGGUCGCCACAGACUCGGUCUUAUCUGCCGUCGAUGAUGAUGAUGACGAGUUCGGUCCGCUCCCCGACUGUUAUUACGACCCUGCAUACAUUGCGCAAAUGUUGGCGGAAAUGGAGCGCAUUGGCCGGGAGCACUUCGCUAUGCUUGAGGUAAGUGUCCCAUCCAUCUCUGAACUUGACUUCGACUUUGGCUAACGGGUAUCAGGCCAAGGAAAAGAAAGAGCGAUACCUCCGAGAGCUCAAGGAUGAUUUCCGCCCAGGAACCAUCCAGGAUCGUGAGGCUCGCUACCAAGCCUGGUGUGAGUGUGAGAGAGCCGGGAAGGUUUGCUAG